GUUACUCUCAAACUCCUCCACCGCCAGGUGUGUCUCCAACAACUUCGCCAACAUCCAUCUCACCCACAAGCUCCGUACCUCCAGCACCUUGGUCGUCCAAUCGUCCGUAUAGUACCGCUCCUGCUCCUAACACACUAACAAGUUCUUCAACACCAUAUCCGCCCGGUGGUUAUCCACCUGCGUCUUAUUAUGGAUAUGGAGGAUAUGGUAGUGCGUAUGGAACUGGAUAUCAACAGAGUACAUACGGAACUGUGACAGGUGUGAGUGCUCCUGCGCCGCCACGUUGGGGACCUCCACCACCUCCUAGUCAGCCUCCGCCGCCUCCUCCACCUAGUCAACCUCCACCUCCUCCACCACCGAGUAAUCCUCCGCCUCCACCUCCGCCACCGCAAUAA